AUGUGGCACAGUGCCGACCUGCUCCUGCAUGUGGCACAGUGCCGACCUGCUCCUGCAUGUGGCACAGUGCCGACCUCCUCCUGCAUGUGGCAUAGUGCCGACCUUCUCCUGCAUGUGGCACAGUGCCGACCUCCUCCUGCAUGUGGCAUAGUGCCGACCUCCUCCUGUAUGUGGCACAGUGCCGACCUUCUCCUGUAUGUGGCACAGUGCCGACCUCCUCCUGUAUGUGGCAUAGUGCCAACCUUCUCCUUCAUGUGGCAUAGUGCCGACCUUCUCCUGCAUGUUACACAGUGCCGACCUCCUGCAUGUUACACAGUGCCGACCUCCUCCUUCAUGUGGCACAGUGCCGGCCUGCUCCUUCAUGUGGCACAGUGUCGACCUUCUCCUGCAUGUUACACAGUGCCGACCUUCUCCUGCAUGUGGCACAGUGCCGGCCUGCUCCUGCAUGUGGCACAGUGCCGGCCUGCUCCUGCAUGUGGCACAGUGCCGGCCUGCUCCUGCAUGUGGAAUAGUGCCCACCUCCUCCUUCAUGUGGCACAGUGCCGACCUUCUCCUGCAUGUGGCACAGUGCCGACCUCCUCCUGCAUGUGGCAUAGUGCCGACCUUCUCCUGCAUGUGGCACAGUGCCGACCUCCUCCUGCAUGUGGCACAGUGCCGACCUCCUCCUGCAUGUGGCACAGUGCCGACCUGCUCCUGCAUGUGGCACAGUGCCGACCUCCUCCUGCAUGUGGCAUAGUGCCGACCUUCUCCUGCAUGUGGCACAGUGCCGACCUUCUCCUGCAUGUGGCACAGUGCCGACCUCCUCCUGCAUGUGGCACAGUGCCGACCUCCUCCUGCAUGUGGCAUAGUGCCGACCUUCUCCUGCAUGUGGCACAGUAG